AUGGACGGUGGCUCCAGCAGUAGUGAAGGCAGUAGUAUCAUGAGUGACAACAACAAGAUGCAGUUUUGUCAACUUGUUGCUGGCACUCCUGGUCUAGUCAUGGGCGCAAUACUUGACGAGACGACCAAAGUGGCAGCAGAACAGGAGACAAACCAACUGCUGGAGACCCAACAGGAGAUUUGCAACAUCUUUGAUGAGACAAAAAGUGCCCUUAAUCACUUCAACGACUUUCUUUGUAUAGACUGGGGCCGCCUUCGGCCAGGAGAACCAGUACCACUUGAGAAAGAUCUUCACCAAUAUGUUCAACUGGAAGAACUUACUGUUGAACUUUUUGGACGUUAUGCAACCUAUCUUGUUGAAUGCAACAACAAGACAGAAGAGAAAAGAGGCAAUGUGGUGCCGAUUUCACUGAACUCUGCAAUAGGAUACUUCAGUGCUGUAAAGGUAGCCUAUCUAGAGCAGCCUGUGAUAAGAAACGCCACAACCCUUCCAAGUGUUUUUUGGAGAGAAACCUGGUCUAAUCUAAAUUGCAGAAUGACUAAUCGAGUGGUGGAACGUCAUAAGACAACUGGAACGCCAUUGGUGUCUCCUAAAGCCGCUGCCACCACUGAUGACUGGAAGGCACUUGCCUGUGUUUGUGUGUGGAAUGGUUCUCAAAAACUACUUGAAUUCUGGGCUGUUUUUGUUGCUCUAGUCCACAUGGCUGCUCAAGUGAAUGAAGUUGCCUUUCUCCAAUUUCCUGAUGCAAAAACUACACUAGUGAAUGGCGGUGGCAAUACAAAGAACAGGGUGGGCCUGUUCAGCAAAUGUGAACAACUACAAGCAAGGAAGUGGUCAAGAGAUGCACAUAUUUCCCCACAUUGA